AUGGACGAGGAUGCUCGGCAGCGGGACUUUGAAUAUGCAGCGCUACGCUGGGAUUUGACCAAGCUUGAUGAUUCGGUGAGCUUCGUGUCGUUGGUGCAGGCCGGCGAGACUGGGUGUUUUGCGAUCAUCAUGGUGUUGGAAGUGGGCCAGAAUGCUUCCCCGUGGCUGCUGAAGAAGGGCUGGAUGAUCUUUGAUGAGGUGGUCGUUUCUCGAUCGAUCGUUGCUGGCUCAGGGCACGGCGUCCCUCUGGCCGAGGCUAUACUGCACCAGCUGCUUUUCCAUAAUGUCCGCCGAGCUUGCCCGCCUGCAGGUCUGUAA